GCUAAGUUGCUACUUGGAAACUUACAAAAAGGGAGAAUUUCUCUGUUUUUGACAUGUCAGUCAGCAGCAUUGAGCAACGUUAGGCGGCACCGCCAGUUUCGUACCGUCUCGUCACCGUCUAAAAGGAUGCCGAUACCCGCCCUUGGCUGCCAGAUUGCGCCGCACUACAAUCAUGACCCAUGGCCCUACAACUCUGACAGUACCGACAGUGAAUCUGGGACCGAGGAGCAUGUUGAAGAGACCCUUGAACUAGCUAGCUCUAAUCAACAUGGGUUCGAUGUGGAGAAAGCAGAAACGCAGCCUGACAAUGGCGGUAUCGUGCCUGUGGGUAGGCCAACAACGCUCCAAAGAGGACCAACGCAGACCAGUCGCAAAGAGGUACCGCUAGCUCCAGUUGGAUUUUGGGAUUGGCAAAUGGCUGGUGUGAGACUACAUGUACUAAAUCUAUGGUUCCGGACAAAUCUCAUCCUCGCCAUAGCCAUCAUGGCCUUUCUCUGCCUGUUCUGGGGCGCUCUUUUCCGUCAAAACGAUAAUGUCAAAGCGCUGAGCAUAUGGGUCGUUGACUUUGACGGACAAGCGCCCUAUUCCAACACUACCCCCUUUGUAGGGCCUUUCGUCACCCAGUCCAUCCAAACGAUCAUCGACCAAGGCGGAGCAGUGCCUGGCUACACCUUCGCAUUACCAACCCACUUCGGCAACGAUCCGCUCAAAGUACGUGAGAGCGUUUACGAUUUCGACGCAUGGGCUGCUGUAAUCAUCAAUCCGAAUGCAACCGCCUUACUCGAAGCCGCAGUAAGGGAGGGAAAUGCGAGUUACGAUCCGCUCGGAGCUUGUCAAAUCGUCUACAACUCCGCACGGGACCAGACAACAUCAUCCUCUUACAUCGUACCUAGCAUGACUGUCAUACAAAAGCGUGUUGUGACGAACUUCGGCCGGGCAUGGAUCACCCACCUUCUCCAGAACAAUGUCUCUGCCACGGAACUGAAUUUGGAGAUCUCUCCCCAAGCAAUCUCGCCAGGUAUCGAGUUCACAAUGUACGACCUGCGCCCCUUUGGUCCACCCAUCGCCACACCAGCUGUCAGCAUUGGGCUCAUCUACCUCAUCAUAAUAAGCUUUUUCAGCUUCACUUUCUUCCUUCCCAUACACAUGAAAUACCUUUCCCCAAAAGGCCAUCCACCGCUGCACUUCUCCCAGCUCAUCAUCUGGCGCUACGUCGCCACCGUCGCCAGCUACUUUUUCCUGUCGCUCGUCUACUCCUUCGUGAGUCUUGCGUUCCUCAUGCCCAUGGAUCGCCACUCCGCAUCCCACAUCUGGCCAGCCAAGAACCCAAAUGCCUACGGAAGAGGCACAUUCGUCGUGUAUUGGAUGGGGAACUGGGUCGGUAUGGCAGCUUUUGGGCUCGCGAGCGAAAAUAUGGCCAUGCUUCUCGGUACACCUUGGACUGCUCUGUGGCUUAUAUUUUGGGUUAUUUCAAACGUCGCGACGGGUUUCUACGCGCUUGAACUUGCACCAUCAUUCUAUCGCUGGGGAUAUGCGUGGCCGAUGCACAACAUUGUCGAACUUACGCGCUCUAUACUGUUCGAUCUGCAUCCGCGCACUGGCCUAAAUUUUGGCAUCUUAUUUGCGUGGUGUGCAGUCGAUACGUUGUUUUUCCCGAUGUGUUGUUACUACAUGCGUUGGAAUACCGCGAGGGUCAAGAAGCAGGCGGCGAACAUGGAGGCCGAGUGGCAUGCGAAGAUGGAGAAGGAGAGAGAGGCGCCUAGUCUCUUGGCUAGAGUCACGACAGUUGGGAGUAGGAAAGAUGGUGGUCCGAGGGGACGGGACGUAGAACAUGGUACCAACAGGACAACUUCGGUCCAUGCACAGCAAGCGAAGGAUAAGGAAAGCAGGUGGGUCCGGGCGAAGGGGUAUUUGGGGCUAUGA